AUGGAAAUAUCAUAUCCGUGUACAUGUAAAUUAAAUGAGUCUGUGGAUGCAGCACCUCAAACUGUAGAAUUAAAGCCUGGAAAGUAUUUGGUCGAACUUUGGGGUGCAAGUGGUGGAUGUAAUACGAAACAACGAAGCGGUAAAGGAGCAUAUGUAUGGAUUCGUCUAAAUCUCGUUGAAUCGAAAAAUUUUACGAUCUUUGUAGGCGGAACUUCGACUUAUUCUAAUAUAACUAUGGUAAAAGGUGGUUGUAACGGCGGUGGUGAUUCAUAUCAAGGUAACCUCAAGAAUGGUGAGUCUCUGAUCGCCGGAGGUGGUGGUGGAUCUACUUCAAUAGGUCUGUCACUUUUUGAUUCCGAUCGAAUUGCCGUUGCAGCUGGUGGUGGGGGUUGUGGGCGCACUGGAGACGGUGGCAACGCCGGUGGAUUAGUUGGAUCUGAUGGUACUGGAAUACUGAAUUUCAAUUACCGAGGAUUAGGAGCAAGCCAAGAAUGCCCUGGAACAGGGGGUUGGGGUUAUGAUGAUUUUCGAGCAGAAGAUGGGAAAAUUAAAAAGGGAGGAAAUGGUUUUGGAUUAGCUUACAAUGGCGGUGGCGGUGGAGGGGGAUAUUAUGGAGGAGGUGGUGCAUAUGAGGCGGGUGGUGGUGGUGGAUCUUCGUAUAAAAAGUCGGGUUAUUAUGGCCUAAUUCAAAGUGGAUCAGAAAUAUUUCGUUCCCCUGAAGGUAUUAACGAAGAAGGCCACUACGGUAAUGGCUUUGCACGAAUCAAAUUCAUCUCAUACUCAUGUGUUGUUAACAUUUUCAACAGAAACAUUUUUCCUUUUGAUAAAUUCUUUUUCAUUUUUCUUGUCUCAUAG